ACGUGCGAGAUCGAGGUUCCUUUCCAACUUCGAGUGUAGAACCGAGUGAACUUCCUUUACAUUUACCGUCUGCGGUGGCAGUAGUCCUGCUGGGAAGAUAUAAUUAAAUAGUGAAAAUGGUGGCCCAAAAGAAACAGAAAAAGUCCCAGGAGGGCAUCAACACCAGGUUAGCUCUGGUUAUGAAGUCAGGAAAAUACGUCCUAGGCUACAAACAGACGCUGAAAUCCCUCCGACAAGGAAAAGCAAAAUUAGUCAUCAUUGCUAAUAACACUCCUCCACUAAGGAAAUCAGAGAUAGAAUACUAUGCUAUGCUGGCGAAGACUGGUGUACAUCAUUAUGUUGGAAACAAUAUAGAAUUGGGUACUGCUUGUGGAAAAUAUUUCCGUGUGUGUACUCUUUCUAUUACAGAUCCAGGAAAUUCUGAUAUCAUAAAAUCUAUGCCUAUUGGUGAACAAGCAUAAAUAUAUAUUUUUUAUUUAAUAAAAUUUUAAAAAAAACA